GCAAGUGCUAAAUCUAGAACAUUUUACUCCUAUGUACUAUCUUGCCAGGGUAUUUUAGUAUAACUUACCAGGGCAAGGUUCAGGUCCACCCCCAGCUUGUCAGGGCCUCUCAAAAGCUCUCGGUCGCCCAGAGAACAGUGUGCCUGGAGGAAAUCAGCCUGGAAAAGCACAGCCAUGGUGCUCUGGGCUCUGGUGCUGGGAGCACUACUGGUGGCUACAGUGGGGUGCCUGUGCCUGGUGGGGCUGUUCCGGCAACGCAAACCCCAGGAGCCCCCUCUGGAUAAGGGCUCCAUACCUUGGCUGGGCCAUGCCAUGGCUUUCCGGAAGAAUAUGCUUGAAUUUCUGAAAUGUAUGCGGGCCAAGCAUGGAGAUGUGUUCACAGUGCAGCUAGGGGGCCGGUACUUCACCUUUGUCAUGGACCCCCUCUCCUUUGGCCCCAUCCUCAAGGAUGCACAGAGAAAACUAGACUUUGUGGAAUAUGCAGAAAAACUGGUACUAAAGGUAUUUGGAUACCGCUCCAUGCAGGGAGACCACCGGAUGAUACACUCUGCCAGCACCAAAUACCUCAUGGGAGAUGGCUUGGAGGAUCUCAACAAAACCAUGCUGGACAGCCUGUCCUUGGUUUUGCAGGGGCUCACGGGCCAGAGUCUGGAUGCUAAUUGCUGGCGUGAAGAUGGCCUCUUCCACUUCUGCUACAACGUGUUGUUCAAGGCCGGCUACCUGAGCUUAUUUGGCUAUACAAAGAACCAGGAGCAGGACCUGCUACAGGCAGAAGAGUUAUUUGUCCAGUUCCGCAAGUUUGAUCGCUUGUUCCCCAGGUUUGUUUAUUCCUUACUGGGGCCCCGGGAGUGGCUGGAAGUGGGCAGACUGCAGCGUCUCUUCCACAAGACACUCUCUGUGAACCACAACCUGGAGAAGAAUGGCAUAAGCAACUGGAUAUCCCACAUGCUUCAGUUUCUGAGGGAGCAGGGAACAGCCCCAGCCAUGCAAGACAAAUUCAACUUCAUGAUGCUCUGGGCCUCCCAGGGUAACACGGGGCCUACCUCCUUCUGGGCCCUUUUGUUUCUCCUAAAGCACCCAGAAGCCAUGCGUGCUGUGAGGGAGGAGGCCGCCCAAGUCCUGGGGGAGGCCAAGCUGAAGGCUAGGCAAUCCUUUGACUUUGAGAUCAGUGCCCUACACCACACUCCAGUGCUGGACAGCGUGAUGGAAGAGACACUGCGGCUUGGGGCUGCACCCACCCUCCUCAGGGUGGUGCACGGUGACCAUAUGCUGAAGAUGGCCAGUGGACAGGAGUACUUGCUCCGUGGUGGAGACAUUGUCGCUCUCUUCCCUUAUCUUUCAGUGCACAUGGAUCCUGACAUCCACCCAGAACCCACUGCCUUCAAGUACAAUCGCUUCCUCAACCCCAAUGGUAGUCGUAAGGUGGACUUCUACAAGGCAGGCAAGAAGAUCCACCACUAUACCAUGCCGUGGGGCUCGGGUGUCUCCAUCUGCCCUGGGAGGUUCUUGGCCAUCAGUGAGAUGAAGCUCUUUGUCCUGCUCAUGGUCACCUACUUUGACCUGGAACUGGUGGACCCUGAUAUACCUGUGCCACCUGUGGACCCCCAGCGCUGGGGCUUCGGCACCACCCAGCCCAGCUAUGAGGUGCGCUUCCGCUACCGCAUGCAUCCUACCGAGUGAGCUCUGCCAAGGUGGCCACAAGCCUGGCCAGGGAGACCCCAAGGGAGCCUCCUCUCACCCCUCUGAAGCCGCCUCACCCUUCCCUCUGGUUCUGUGAUAUCUCCUGCCUGUGUCCUGCUUGCCUUCCUUGCUCUCUGGCUUUCCUCUAGCUUCCUGAUAGGUUUGUCUUUUUCUCUUAAAAACAUCUCUCACAGUGGGUUCUGCAGAACCUUCCUCUCAUACGAAGUCCAGGGGAAGGGGGAAAUAUUUGAGAGAAACUUAGUUGGGGAAAUAAUGGCGUACCUUGACAAGUCCUGCAGUAGAGAAAGUGGUUACCAUGAGUAACACAGUGUCUUACAAAUGUUAACCUCCACCCUCCCACCUCACUAUCUUAUUUUCCUCAAUGCUUAUUCCACAUCCUGUGGAAUUCACAUUCAUCCAAAGAAAUACAAGGCAAGCCACGUGUGUAAUUUUUAAUUUCUUAGUUGACAUGUUUUUUAGAAGAUAAAAAGAAACAGGUGAAGUUCAUGUUUAUAAUAUACUUAACUUAGCCCAAUAUAUCAAAAUAUUAGCAUAUCAAUAUAAGAACAUUAGUAAAAUAUACAUAUAUAAGAAUAUUGUGAAAUAUUUUUACAUUUCUGUGUGUGUGUGUGUGUGUUGCCUUCAAAAUCUGGUAUGUACUCUUUCCCUUUGCCAUGUGUCUCACUUUAGACUAGCCAUAUUCUAGUGCUCAACAGCCACAGGUGGCUAGUGGCUCCCCAAUUGGAUAGGCCAGGUCUGAAGAAACGCUGCCUUUCACAUAGGAGUUAUUCAAGGCCCCUCCUCAGUACCCUUGUCUCCCCUCCACACUCCCACCUUAGGGUGUUCUCAACCCUUCCUGUGGUUUCCACAAUUACUGCUGAGUUCAGAGCUCUCUCUUACUUCCAGACCCUCAAUCUCCCCGCCAGGGUCCCACGGCACUUCUGGGUGUGGCCCACGCAGAACUCAGCACCUGUCUCCCCACCUCUGCCCUGAACCACCUCCUUCUCCAGAUUACCCUGCCUGCCUCUGCUCAGGACACCACCACCCCCUCCCCCAAGACAGAUCUGGAGGAGAAAUCUGACUUCCUCCCCACUGUCACCCACAUACAGUCAGGCCCCAGUUCUGCCAGUAUGACACCCCCCCCCCCGUCGUGCCUCUGAAACUGUCUCCUUUCCCCAGCCCCACUGCCAUUCCUAGGACUGAGCACUCUGCAUGUCUGCACCCCAGGCAAAGAUGUUCACCCUGCUGCCAGAGACCUUUCACCAGACCUUUCACUUGUCAUACUUUCACUUUUCUGGUUCCCCAUCCCCUCCGUGAACCUAACAUUUAAAUUUUGCCACAGUUGGUCCCCAAAUAUUCAAUCCAAUGCAUUUCAGCCUUGCCAACUUUCUCCAAUGGAACUGUCUGGAAAGUAAUUGCUUGCUUUUUACUGCCAACCCCAGUGCCAGCUACUUCAGGAGGCCUUCCUGGAUGUUACCCAUUCCAUCCUCUGGCCAGAAAUGGGCUCCCUCCCUCUGAGGCUCCCCUGGAAUGGCUUGUGUCCCAGCACAUCUGUUACAUGUUGUUGCUCUCAGUUUCCUGCUUUCCUCCUCCUACCCCAUCCCCUGGACUGUAGCCCACAGGGCUUGGUAUCUUAUUACUUCAUCCCUGAACCCCAGUUCCCUAAAUGGAGAUUAAAUGAUAGAAAAUUG